AUGGGGCGGGGCUGGAUGAAAGAACUGGGAAUAGAACGUUGCAGCACAAUGGAUGUCAACGCAGUGUUGUCUAUUCAGGACGUUAUUGCGGAGUACCGCAGUGUCUUUGACGACGAACUGGGCACUUUCAAGGGCGUCGCUGCAAAGAUCACCCUUCGGGAUAAUGCGAAGCCUAGGUUUUUUAAACCUCGCCCUGUCCCGUUCGCGAUGCUCGAUCACAUAAAUGACGAGCUGCUUCGCAUGGAAUGCACAGGCGUGCUGCGACCUGUGAAGACCUCUGAGGGGGCUGCACUGAUUGUGCCCAUUUUGAAACGAAGCGGGCAGAUUUGCAUCUGCAGGGAUUUCAAGGCCACAGUGAACCUAGUAAGUGUACCAGAGAAAAACGCCAUACCCAGAGUUGAGGACCUGUUCGCCAAGUUUAGUGGUGGGGAGAAAUUCGCGACACUUGACCUGAAGGAUGCAUAUUUACAAGUGCCGCUUGCUGAAGAGUCAACUAAGCUGGCAAUAAUCAGCACACCAAGAGACCAGGAUCACCUGGAAAACCUGGCCCGAGUGCUAGGCCGCCUGAAGGAGGCUGGACUGAAGCUGAAACUGAACAAGUGUGUGUUUCUUGCCCCACAGGUCAAAUACCUGGGUCAUGUCGUCACGUCUGCGGGUUUCCACCCAAAUCCCGAGAAAAUGGAGGCUGUGCUAAAGGCGCCAAGACCAAGUGACGUCAAGUCACUGCAGAGCUACCUUGGGCUAGUGAACUUUUAUCAGCGUUUUCUAUCCGAUUUGUCCAACGUGUUGCAUCCUCUAAAUCAACUCCUUGGAACCAAGGCACCAUCGGUGUGGGGAAAUGAUCAAGAACAAGCUUUUCAACAAAGCAAGGAGCUACUCGCAUCGGCAGCUGUUCUGGUACACUACGAUCCCAAGAAGCCCCUGGUGCUGAUCUGCAAUGCGUAG